AUGGAUAAUAAAUAUAAUACAGAGAUAUUUAAUAAUAAAGAAGAAAUGUUUGAUGACAAUCAAAAUGAAACUAGUGAUGCAAAUGCUACUGCUUCCACUAAUGAAGAAAAUUUCAAAAGACCAAAGUUCUUUCAAAGAUUUGAUGAUAAAAAAGAAAAUAAAAAAUCUGCAAAUGCUGUCAGCCUUGCAAGUUUGUUUCGAUAUGCUACAAUGAUCGAUAUAAUUUACAUGUUAGUCGGUACUCUCGGAGGUCUAGCUAAUGGCUUUCUUUUCCAACUCAUGGUUCUUGUAUUUGGCAAUCUUCUAAAUUCAUUUACUGAUCGAUCUACUGAUUUAUGUAGACUUAAUUUUACAGCUCUUGCUAUUGGCUAUUGUCCACCAGGUUAUCAAUUAACAGCAUCGAAUUAUCUAUCAUCAGUUGCUGUUUGCCAUUUUAAUCGAACUAUGUUCGAUUUUCAAGGCCAAAUAAAAAAGCAAACACUUUAUGCAGUUGCUAUUGCUUGCGUUAGUAUUAUAUUGGGUUACACUCAAGUAGUAUUUUGGAGUAUGGCAGCGGAAAGACAAACAAAAGCUAUUAGAAAGAAAUUAUUUCAAUCGAUUCUUCGAAAAGAAAUUCUUUAUUUUGAUUUACAUAAAACUGGUGAACUUAAUAUAAAUUUGACAGAUGAUGUAGAUAAAAUUCAUGAUGGAAUCGGAGAUAAACUUGGUUCAACAGCACAAUUUAUAGCUGUUUUUUUUACCGGAUUGAUUCUUGGCAAGUUUAUAUAUGAAUAG